GGGGAGCGGUCCUUUCCGGGAAGGACCCCGAGGUCGGGCCGAGUCUUGACACUUGGGUCCGAAGCCUGCUGGGAGUCGCGUCUCCAGAGGACGGUGGUUGAGGUUUCAGAAUGACUACCUUGUUGACUUACACUUUGAAAAACCUUCCUAACCUAUCCAAAUGGGCCCUCAGAUUUUCUAUAAGACCACUGAGCUGCUCUUCCCAGCUUCAAACCGCACAAGCCACCCAGACCAAGACAAAGAAGACCUUAGCCAAGCCCAACAUGAAGAAUAUCGUGGUGGUUGAAGGUGUUCGUAUCCCCUUUUUGCUGUCCGGCACUUCAUACAAAGAAUUGAUGCCACAUGAUUUAGCCAGAGCUGCACUUUUGGGUUUGUUGCAUCGGACCAAUGUCCCAAAGGAAGUUAUUGAUUAUCUCAUCUUCGGCACAGUCAUUCAGGAAGUGAAAACAAGCAAUGUGGCAAGAGAGGCCGCCCUGGGAGCUGGCUUCUCCGACAAGACCCCUGCGCACACUGUCACAAUGGCCUGCAUCUCUGCCAAUCAAGCCAUGACCACAGGUGUUGGCUUGAUUGCUUCAGGCCAGUGUGAUGUGGUGGUGGCCGGUGGAGUAGAGUUAAUGUCUGACGUCCCUAUUCGUCAUUCGAGGAAAAUGAGGAAAAUGAUGCUGGAUCUCAAUAAAGCCAAGACUGUUGGUCAGCGACUGUCAUUGAUCUCUAAAUUCAGAUUUAACUUCCUGGCACCUGAGCUCCCGGCAGUGGCUGAGUUCUCCACCAGUGAGACCAUGGGCCACUCUGCAGACCGCCUGGCCGCUGCCUUUGCUGUUUCUCGGACAGAACAGGAUGAAUAUGCACUGCGGUCUCACAGGCUGGCUAAGAAAGCACAGGAUGAAGGGCUCCUUUCCGAUAUUGUCCCCUUCAAAGUCCCAGGAAAAGACACAGUUACCCAAGACAAUGGCAUCCGCCCUUCCUCGCUGGAGCAGAUGGCCAAGCUGAAACCUGCUUUCAUCAAGCCCUACGGCACCGUGACAGCUGCGAAUUCUUCUUUCCUGACCGAUGGCGCAUCUGCGAUGCUGAUUAUGUCCGAGGAAAAGGCUCUGGCCAUGGGCUAUAAACCAAAGGCGUAUUUGAGGGAUUUUGUGUACGUGUCUCAGGACCCCAAAGACCAACUGUUACUUGGCCCAGCUUACGCAACUCCAAAAGUUCUAGAAAAGGCAGGACUGACGAUGGCUGAUGUUGAUGCUUUUGAGUUUCAUGAAGCUUUCUCGGGCCAGAUUUUGGCUAAUUUUAAAGCCAUGGAUUCUGAUUGGUUUGCACAAAACUACAUGGGUAGAAAAACCAAGGUUGGAGCACCUCCUUUAGAGAAGUUCAACACCUGGGGUGGAUCGCUGUCCCUCGGACACCCGUUUGGAGCCACUGGCUGCCGCUUGGUCAUGGCAGCUGCCAACAGGUUGCGGAAGGAUGGAGGCCAGUACGCCUUGGUGGCGGCCUGCGCGGCAGGAGGGCAGGGCCAUGCUAUGAUAGUUGAAGCUUAUCCAAAAUAAAAGAUCAAGAGGAGGUGAGCCGACGCUUCUGUGAACCACUCACUCUAGGCAAUGCCAUUUCAAUGCAUAAAUAAAUGACGCUUGUAGUUCCCGCUCCUCGUAGGAAAGCAACGUGUGUGGUCCUCUGCCGAAUGUCUUCAGUUAAGCCUUGCCAGUGUCAGAGCUUUUCAGUACUCAUGGCUUACUGCUCUUUCAGGGAUUUUUCAGUCACCAGAUUGACACGUUGGGUUUGUUUUUUAUUUCUGUCACUGUUUUUCAUUAAACACUAUGUCAGUGGUUGCAGUAUGGGAAAUCUGUUAGCUAAAAUUUGCAAUUCUUCUUAUUUGUGUCCUGAAGCUAAGUGUUUUCUACAAAAUACAAGCCAAUGUGCCUAAAUUACAGACAGAAUCGAAACCACACCAAAAACUAAGUCAAUGUUUAAACACAUAAAUGGCAUCUCGGCCAACCUGAAUAAAAUGGAGAGUGAUUACAGGA